AUGCCAUUUUUUUUCCCUGACAGAGUGGCUCCAAAAAUCGUAACUGAUCUACUGAUAAUCAAUUCCACAUCUUCAAGCCAAUAUCGUAAACUAGAUAGACUGACCAUUUCAUUUCCGGCCACAAUGGAUCCGACAGAAUAUACCUUACCGGGUAUCAUGAACUAUUUGCAGUCUGAGUUCACUCAGAUUGAGAAAAUGAAGAUUGCAAAUAACUUGGAGCUAUCUGAAAUGAAAUUCAAAAUCGCCAAAUUGGAAGGGGUCAAGAACGGAUUGAAUAUCACCAAUAACAAGUUAGUCACUGAUAUUAGUAGUUUGAAAAACGACAACACAAAACUCUUGGGAGUGAUACACCGGCUAAAGAAAGAGAACGAAGAACUCAAGCAGAAAUUACACGAUGCGGGAAUCGACAACGACGAUAAAAUCGAUGACACUAAAGUUACAUCGACCGAAGCCAAAGAAUCAAGUAUCGAUAACGAUCUUCGGGAAUUGAUCAGUGGCUUGUCGUCUACCAAAUCCCAAUCCAUUUUGAUCAAGGACAUUGAAGAGCUCAAUUUGCAAACUGUCGAUUCUCACAAGAAUGAUAUUGUCAACACUCUUGAUUUGACGCCCCUCAUAACUUCCCGGAAAUUUUUGCAGGAUUGUAUGAAGGAAAUGUUUUAUUUAAUCAAAAAUGGUAAUGGAAAUAUUGUCAGCAACAUUAAUGAAUUUAGUUUUGAUAAUAAUUUUAACAAUAGUGAUCAAAAAAGUGCAGAGAAUAACCAAGAUUCCGGAAACUUUAAUGUUUUUGACAAAUACAAUUACGUGACUGCCGAGCAACAAAAUGACAUCAAGUUGGCAAAUGAAAGAAGGCUUGAAGAAGAAGAGAAUAGACUAUUUGAAGAACGACAUCAACCGCAAGAUCAACGAUUUUCUUCGCCGCAACGGCAACCACAAAAUCCAAUUCAGCCCUCAAUACCUGCAGCAGCUCAAGUGCAAGCUUCUGCCCCGCAGUUGCAAUUGCAAUCGGACAACAAUGGUGGACUUCAACAACCAAAUGAAAUUGUUCCAUUAAAUCAACAGCAAAGUGGCUACCCUCGCUCCGAAUUUUUGGAUAAGCCUAGGGGCAACGAUGAAUUUUAUUCAUUGAAUGAAAAUGACAAUAAGAGUUCUAGUAACGAUGAUGAAGAUGUGGGAAAUAACAAUAGUGGCAGUAGCACAAGUGGAGCAAGCGAUGCCUUGUCAUCUAGCUCUGAUCCCCGCACUCAAUUCACUUUAUUAUUAAGAUCACCAGAUUUAUUGAAGUAUCCCAAAUUGAAUCCUAAUGAAGAACCAAAAAUUAGAGAAGCCCCACAAAUCAAACCAAAACACAAACUUGAAGGAAAUAAAAGCUCUUCCGAUGGAUACUAUGAUAUUGAAGAGGCCAGUGACGUAGAAACUAUUGUUGAUGGUGAGGACGAUGCUAACCGUCAUGAAAAUGAUGAUAAUGAAAACGAUAAUGAGAAUUAUGACAAUGAUGAUAUUGUGGAUGAUGAUGAUGAUGAUGAUGAUACUAAUGAAAAAAAAGAAGGUGAUAAUGAUGAUGAUGAUGAUGAUGAUGAUGAUGAUGAUGAUGAACCUAUUGAAAACCCUGACAAAAUGACUCAUAUUUCUGAAGAUGAGGAGGAAGAUUCUAUUCUUGAAAGCCCAAGAAAAAGAAGUUUCCAAUUGGAUAUUAUUGAAGAGCAGGACAACGAGGAAAAUGAAAUUGAAUACUUGGUUGAAUUGAAAGAUAAUGACGACGAUACCCAUGAGAAAAUUGAACCCUCUGCGAAAUUUUCCACAGGUGGAAUUCUGGGUGUCAUCAAUAAAUUAGAAAUCAAUGAAUCGACUCAAGAAAUUUUAACCCUUUCUUCUAAUUUGGUCAAAGUUUCUUCCAUCAAGGAUGGAAAAUUGGCGUUAAUUGACGAAAAUUUGCCAACAUUAAAACUUCGGGCCGGAAAAGCCAUCUUAAGGUGGAUAGAUGACAAUCAUUUCUUGUUGUUCAAUGAUUUUGAGCCAUAUGUGGUGAAGUUUUAUCAUAAGAAAACUCUCGCAGAGGUUAAAAGAAUCAAUGUCCUAAAUGAUUUGAAAACUGAACAAUCCAAAAGUAAAACCCUGUCUGAUGGGAAUGAUAGUGAUGAUGAUGACGACGACGAUGCAUUAUUGCCGCUCAGAGAUACCACAAUUUUGGGUCUUGAUUAUGAUUUCAAAACAAAGGGUUUGCUUAUCAAUUGCAACAAAUUUUUCUACGUUUAUGAUGUCAGUUCAAUUGAAGACGUUAAAUUGAUUGGAUAUGAUUCGUUGGUGGAUCAACCAGGAUCAUUUUUCACCAUCAAGCUUGGUAAAUUUAUUGGUAAAGAUGAAAUUCUAAUCUUGUCUCAUAAUGGUAUCCUCAAAAGAAUUGGAAUCAAUAGACUUACAAAGGGAGACGAUCUUGAACAAAUAAUUUUUACAAUUAACGAUUUACCAAGCCACAAAUCGAUCAAAUUCACUAAUUUUUUUGCCAUACAUGAUAAGAAUGGUGGCAACCGAUCAAAGGAAACCAAGUAUGAUCACCAAUUGAUUUUUGUUUUUGAAAAUGUCGCUAAAUCCCAAACCAUAUACAGGCUCUUUGACUUGAGCAUCAAUAAAUUGAUUGAUGAUUCUGCAGUUAUUGUUCAGCGGGAAUCGAGGAAAUCGCUUCGAAGCCCAAAGCUUAGUGAAGCAAAACUCAAUCAAGACCCAAAUAUUCAAAAUCAAAUCAAACCGUUCUAUGAUUCUUCAAAGUUAAAGGAUUCUGACUCUACAACGCUUUAUAUUUUGGAAAAUUCUAAUGAUUUGCCAUCAGAAUUGAAUUUCAUCGAUUUCAACAAGCGGGAAUUGGUGGCAAAAGUGAAUUAUUAUGAUACCGAUGAUGUGGUUCCGGAAAAAGAUGAGCGGUACAAUAAUGAGGAGUUGAACUUGUCUUGGUACAGUGGUGAUGAGUUGUUUAUUUUUGGUAAUGAUUCUACGAUAAGGAAAUUCUUGGUGUAA